AUGAAGACCUCGAACCGCCCUGAUGAGUGGAAGAUUGAGCAGGGCCUCUCCGGGGCGGUGCUUCCGGUCCUCGACAUGACCGGGCCCGAGACGAAAGCCCUGCCUCCUCAGACCUUUGGGCCGCUGACCAAGGACGAGGAAGCUCUCAGGGGGAUCGGCAACCGCGAAGAGCUGUUUGCUGCUGAGCGGAAGGGCUGGGUCGGCUUCGUCGAGUGGGAGAACUAUCCCGCCAAGAAGGCCGCCGCCCACAAGAUCCUGACAUCCCAGACGUUCCCGCCCAACCCGGAGUUCCAGCUGGGCCCGAUCCCCGCGACGAACCCGGUCCUCCCCGGCACCCACUGGAAGAUGUGGCACCACGCCGUCGGCGGCGAGCUCGACCGGGUCCCCGACGACUCGUGGGAUAUCGUCCAGAAGGAAAAACACCCGGACAUGCUCCACCUGCUGCAGUUCCCCUACAACGGCGAGCCGCCGAAGCGGCUCGUGACGGACCAGGAGAUCACGCCCAACCCGCUGCACUUCGUCCGGAACCACGGCGGCAUCCCCAUCAUCGACAGGCGGGACUACAGCUUCCUGCUCGACGGCCUCGUCGCGGAGCCGCGGUCCUUCACGCUGGACGACAUCAUGGACGAGUCCCGGUUCCCGCGCAUGGAGAAGACGGUGACGAUGCAGUGCUCCGGCACCCGGCGCAUCGAGCAGAUCCUCAAGUACGCCGGGCAGGGCGACGAGGUGCCGCAGGCGCCGUGGGCCGAGGGCGCCAUCGGGACGGCGCGGUACGUCGGCAUCAGCCUCAAGAAGGUCGUCAAGGCCUGCGGGGGCCUGGCCGAGGGCGCCAAGCACCUCGAGUUCUACGGCGCCGACACCUACUUCAAGGACGACAAGACCAUGAACUACCUCGUCAGCGUCCCCUGGGCCAAGGUCAAGGCGAACGAGGUCAUGCUGGCGUGGGAGAUGAACGGCGAGCCCCUGCCGCGCAUCCACGGGUACCCGCUGCGCAUCGUCGUCUUCGGGUACAUCGGGGCCCGGAGCGUCAAGUGGCUGUACCGCGUCAAGGCCAUCAGGGAGCCGUCGCGGGCGCCCGUCCAGAGCCAGGAGUACCUGUACUUCCCGCAGCAGGUGGGGAAGCACAACCUCAAGAUGACGGACGGCAUCCAGAUCCAGGAGAUGCCCGUCAGCUCGGCCAUCAUGUCGCCCUGGACCAAGCAGGUCGUCAUCCACAACGGGAGCAUCCGCUGCAAGGGCUGGGCGUACUCGGGCGGCGGGCGGUGGCCGGAGCGGGUCGAGCUCUCGGCCGACGGCGGCUUCAACUGGUACGCGGUGCCGGUCGAGAAGCUGUCGCGCAAGCGGCGCUGGACGUGGCGCACGUGGGAGUUUGACCUGCCGUGCGACGUCGAGGGCUGGGUCGAGGUGGUCUGCCGCUGCUGGGACAACGCGCUCAACACGCAGCCGCCGGACGUGCGGACGGCGUGGAACUGGGGCCUGCACGUCACCAGCUCGUGCCACCGCAUCUCGCUGUACAGCGUCAACAAGAGCCGGCCCGCGACGAGGGCCCGCCUCGCCGAGUUCGAGAGCAAGGGGAUCCCGUUUGGGCCCAUCACGGUCCCGCUGGCGUUCCCCUCCCAGUCGUGGGAGGACUACGAGAAGUACUGGGCGAGCCACGACCCCCGCGACGCCGAGGACGACUGA